GCGUCUUUACAUAGGGUCUAGUUUACCUGAGAGCGAUCUUGCGCAUAGUCGUGUUUUUCGAAGUCACCUGCGAUUUUUUUACUCGACUAUACAUAAUUUAUUUAUCUUUGUGACAGAAAGUACACCGUUGAUAUACUACUGCAACUUGGAAUGAUACUUGUAAAAUAUCAUUGCGAUUUAUAAAAAACAAAUGUGAAAUAUUGGUGGUACUUUAUGAAUUUCAAUGUUUUUCACCGGAAAACCAUAUCAAGAGGAAAGAGAAGCUUUCGACAUAACAUAAUAUAGAAGGAUAAAUAUUUGUUGUAUCAGGAAUAGUUUAUGUGAGUCUGUAUAAUAUAUUAAUUCUAGAUUGGGAUGUGAUAACUAUACAGCUGGAUAUAGAUUUAUAUUCCCAAAAAAAGAAAAAUCCCAUUUUCUUUUGAUGUCGGUGAAAUCUUUCGGACAGAUGGCUGUAGCACGACUGACAACUCUUGCCUUAUUUUGUGUUUUUGGAUUAAGUUAUGGAAAUGUUUGUGUGACGAAUGGCCCGCUGGGAAUGAUCACGGGGUCUAUCCAGGACUGGCAAAUCACUGCUUCUUCAACGUAUCCUUUGGAAUGGGAUAAAAAGUGUGCAGAGAAAUACGCUCGAGUUUAUCUCCCAAAUAAAUACGGCUGGUGCGCCAAAUACAAGUCGUCAUCCGAAUGGUUGAAAGUCGAUCUUGGAGUAGCAGCUAGGGUAACUGGUGUGAUGACGCAAGGAAGAGGUGACGGCAAAGAGUGGGUGACGUCAUUUAAGGUUUCCUAUAGUAUGGACGAUUAUAACGAGCUCUACGUCACGGACCAAUACGGCAAUCACAGAGUAUUUGAAGGCAACACAGACGCGUACUCCGUGAAACACACCUAUCUGGACCGACCAAUCAUCGCUCGCUACAUCAAGUUCCACACAGUCCACUGGCACAGACACCCUAGCAUGCGUGUCGAAAUUUUAGGAUGUCAAUUAUGCAAAGAAAGCAUUGGUCUGCCACCUUAUGGUCGAAUAACAACUUCAACCAAUGGGAAGAACAAGAGAAAAGAUUCCUGUCAGCCCGAGGAUGGAAACAUUCUAAGCAAGAAGGGAUGGUGUGCCAAGAGGAACAAUGUUAAUCAGUGGUUACAAAUUGAUGUGGGACCGCCAACUCUAAUCACUGGUGUACUGACAAAGGGGCGAGGCGAUAGCAAAAAGAAACACUGGGUGACCAGAUUCAAGAUCUCGUACAGUAACGAUACCCAGAGGUGGUAUCAAUACAAGGAUGCCCACAGCGUUGACCCCCGGCCUCAGAAUCCAUGGUUAUGGAACCCACUGUUCAAUAGAACCGUUGCGCAAUUAAUACCUGACAUAUAUACAGACGACGGCCUGCUUUUCGGUGGUAAUAGUGACAAAGAAACUGCCCGAGUUCACUACAUUAACUCGCCAUUUGUGGCGAGGUUCGUUCGAUUUCAUCCCCUGGAGUGGAACGGCAAAAUCAGCAUGCGGGCCGGUCUCCUAGGCUGUCCUCAUACAGCUGGAAAUUGUGGCGAAUCAUUCAUGCGUGUCAACGAUGAUACCCCAUGUGUGGAAAACUUGGCUUACAAGAAAGAAGCUUGGAUUAACGGCAAAAAUCCUAAGAAAAGACAUAUUACACAGAAAAUAGUGAGGGGUCAUCCAGAUAGGGCAGUGGACGGUAAAAUUGAUUUCGACCUCCAUUCCUGUACGAUUCUGGACAAUCUAUACGGAGACACACCGGUCUGGACAGUGGACCUUGGUUCCAAAACCUCUGUGUCCGGUGUCAUUAUUUACACUUGGCAAGGGUCAGGUGAUAAGAAAGUCAAAGAGGGUUCAGCAAUGAAGGAUUAUUUGAACAAUCUUGAUAGAUUGGUGAUAUACGUAGACAAUAAGUCAAAGGCAGUUGACGCGUCUAGUGUAUCUGGAAAUAUGUGUGGUUAUGUUUCCAAAAUAAAUGGUGCUUUACAUUCACAAAAAAUCCAUGUACAAUGUGUGAGACCUCAGAGAGGCCGAUACGUUCUUGUGGAAGCGUGGGGAAGCCACAAUAGCUGGAGCAGACUAUUUAGCGCUGUUUUGUGUGAAGUUCUUGUGUAUGCGUGAUAUAUAUGUAUAUUGUCUUUUUUACUGUUGCAUAUUUAUCACAUUCCUCAUAUCUUAUUUAAGAGGAAACAAAACAAAACGGGUAAAAGUGCCAGGCAGUGUGAAUCUUUUCGCCGCAUUUUCGUAUUUCGUACAUAUAUAGUGCAAAGCGUAUGAAUUGUGUGAUGUCAUCAAAAGCUGCCAUGGAUUCUUUAUUCACAUCCCACGUCGGAUUAUGAUAUUCUCUUAGAUAUCUAGAUCGACAAAUUAUUGACCAGAUUAGUUUGCUGUGAUGUGUUUUCAAAAUGAAGACGACGACUUCAAUAAUUUGUCGUGAAAUCCGUACUUAGUAUUGUGUAAAAACUACAUGUAGGAACAAGUACGCUACACGAGACAAUAAUAUGUCAUGCAGACAUACAUUGAUGAAAAACUGAAAGCUAGACUUUCAUUAAUCACGUGCAGUCACGUGACGCCAGAAAAACGAAUUGUGAUAUACGUUUUCUGUAUAGGACUUCUUUCGAGAAUGGCCAGUCAUGACGUAUUAAGUGUGUACGCAAAAAUCGGACUGGACUUAGAACUCCGAUUAUCUUAUAUCCCUAUGUAUGUGUUGUGUUUGUGUUUUAUUGUCCCAUACACUUAAGUACAAGGGACAUUAACAUUGUUAAGCAUGUCAUAUAAUCUACAUAAUUAAUAAACAGUUAAUGGAAUCAAAGCAUGAAACUAUCGUGGAGACAAGAGUGUAAUAUUAAAUUAUAACUUUGUAAACUUAAAUAAGUAUACAAUUUAUGUUUUGUUAACAAUAUAGGUACAAUCUGUUCGAAAUUCAUCUAAAGUAUUUAUCAUUUAUCAUUUUUUUUUUUAAUUCAUAGAGCAUUAUUUCAUUGAAGACAUUAAUAUUUACUCUCCAUGAUUUGAAAUUGUGAAAUUUAAUAAUCAUGCAUCAGUAUCAAAGACUCUGCCACUAUAUUAUAUAUAUGUACGGUGUUUCUUCAUGGAACUGAAAAUGGGAAUGCCGAGAGAUUGUGUUUUCAAUGUAUGUUCAGGGUAUUGUUUUGGCAUAAUAUCCACCAAAGAAAUAAGCAGAAUAUAGUCAAAACAUCUUAUUAUAGAAAAUUGACACAUUUCAAUAAACCCCAAAAUUACGAAACAGUGGCUACUAGACUUCAGUUGAAAUAGGUGUGUAGUGCCGUGCUGUUUUAAAAUGAUAAGGGAUUACUUCAAUCCUUAAUUAGAAACUUCUUUUUCAAACGCUUCCAACUAGACUCAGUUUCCACCGUUUCGUAUAGUACAGUAAAGUUGAAUUGUCGCCCUUUUGAAUCCCUCUUCUGUAUCAGGAGACCCAAAAUUUCGUAGCAAAAAAGUUAGAUAGCAUGCAGUAGCAGUACUUAUUGCAUACUUCCUACUAACAUGCAGCAUUUAGGGCGAAAAUACAACUAUAAUAUAAAACAAAGCUACUGCCAACAGACAUUUCUGACGACAUAUUGUAUAUUUUUAUAUGAUAUUAGUAACUAUAUUUGUUAAUGUAAACUAAUAUUUGAUUGAAUGUUGAGUGAAUGUUUAUAUGAACAGAAAAACACUAUUCAAACUAUUUAUAUUAAUAUUUUGGGAUGUGAUCAUUAACUUGUAAAAAAGGAUACCAAAUUACUUGUACUUCUAAUGUAUUAAAUUCGUUUGUACUGAACUAUAGUAAGAUUCAAUGUUACUGAAAACUCUGUAUAAUUUAUAAGAUUUGGAGAGCGCAAUCUCUAUAGCAUUUACCUUUGUGUACUUAAUACCCUGUUGGCAAACUUACUCUUAUAAUAUUAAAUUUUUCUUAGGAUGUCCUCUUUAAAAGUUUUCAACAUCGUUGAUCGAUGCAAAAUCAGACAUAUGUUACAAUUCUUUCAAAAAAUUCUUCAUAAUGUUAUUAUUUUUUGUUAUCUAUAAUAAACCAUAAAAACAA